UUACAGCAUCCAAAUUCUUCUAAAGAUAAAGUCACUGGCAAGAAUCCUUUAGAGAAGAGGCCACUGCAGGAUGUUGUUGGAUCGGCUUCAUUUCCCAUAAAUCCUCAGCAAAAACAUGCCAAAUUGGAUUUCCUCCAAGUUCCACCAGUUUCUUCUUAUUGUAGUUCCUGUAUUAUUGAAUUUGAUGGCGCUUCAAAGGGAAAUCCCGGACCAGCUGGUGCAGGGGCUGUGCUGCGAACAGCAGAUGGAAGCAUGGUGUUUCGUUUGCGUGAAGGUGUGGGUACUGCCACUAAUAAUGUGGCCGAAUAUCGCGGUGCCAUUUUGGGGUUGAAAUAUGCUCUGCAAAAGGGGUUCAAGCAUAUACGGGUUCAAGGAGACUCUAAACUUGUCUGCAUGCAGGUUCAGGGACUAUGGAGGACAAAAGUUCAAAAUAUGGCGGAGUUAUGCAAGGUGGCUAAAGAGCUCAAGGAUCAGUUUGUGACUUUUGAGAUCUGUCACGUUGAAAGAGACUUAAAUACUGAAGCUGAUGCUCAAGCAAAUCUAGGGAUACACUUAAAGAGUGGUGAAAUUCAAGUUGAAUGUGACAUCCCAAAAGCUUGAUGGAAUCACUGCUUAAAUGGUUCGUAAUUUUUUUUGAAAAAGAAUGUGUCAGUGCAUGAAUUUGGAAUUGUUGUGGUCUGUCUAGUGCAAGCAGCGUUUGAAAUUGUAGAUAAAUUAUCAAAAUGGUGUUGUGUUAAGAAAUUAAUUCUAUAACUUAUUAGUCCAGUGGUAAUAUAAUUCAGGCGCUUAGUAAAUCAAUCUCGAGGAAUUUGGCAGGGUCUCAAUUGGUUUAUUGUAUUGCAGUAUAUCCUUAGAAGGGUAGAAGAGAGUUGCGCGAGAGGAUUUGACCUCGUAUAAUUGAAAUUAAGGUUUAGUUUAGCUUACA